AUGGCAGAGCCAGAAUCAGAGUCUUACACCAAACCCCAAAAGUUGGUCUCAUCAGAUCAAAACCAUGAAAACCCAAGUAAGUUCUACAAUCAUUUUCUCUACAAAGUUGCUCUAGUUGUAGUUUUCUUCGUUAUUCUCCCUCUUUUUCCAUCACAAGCUCCUGAGUUCAUAAACCAAAGUGUUGUCACCAGAAGCUGGGAGCUUGUUCAUCUCCUCCUAGUUGGUAUAGCCGUCUCUUAUGGCUUAUUUAGCAGACUAAAUGAAAAAGUAGAGAAAGAAAACAACACGAAAUUCGAUAAUGCUCAUUCCUAUGUGUCUAGAAUUCUUGAGGUGUCCUCAGUUUUUGAUGAUGAGGCAGAAACCUCACCUGGACCUGAUGAAAACAAGGUCCAGGCAUGGAGUAGUCAGUAUUUUAGGAAUGAACCUGUGGUCGUUGUGGCUCAAGAACACUCUGUUCUUGAUGAGCAGAGAGAUAGCAGUUCAAUACUUGGUGAAAAGCCAUUGCUUUUGCCUGUUAGGAGCCUAAAACAACGUGUUCCUGACCAGGACAACAUAGAGUCCGUUAAUGAAUCUAGUGUUAAUUCUGGUGGUGCUCUGAGUAGGUCUAAUUCUAGGUCUGGUUCAAGAAGGUUUUCGAGCAAAUCGAGUAAGGCUAAAGCUGGUGAAAUUGGGGGUCUAGAUCAUCAAGAAUUGGAGGAGAAAUUGAAGGAGAGUGUUGUGCUUCCUUCUCCAAUUCCGUGGCGAUCAAGAUCAGGAAGGUUGGAAGUAAAGGAGGAUCUUGUUAGUAGUACUCCAAUGGAGGAAGCUGAAUUUAACCGCCUAGAUCCUCGGGGUGUUUCGAGGUCCCAAAGCUCUCGUUCAUCUCGAUCCGAGUCAGUGUCUUCAUCACCAAAGCUGUCUCCUUCGACAUCACUUUUGUCUCCAAAGAAGUUAUCUCCUGCACCUUCAUUGUCAUCAGAAGCUCAAGCCAAGAGUGUUGAGGAUGUGGGGAGGAAGAAGAGCUUUUACAAGACUUCUAUUCCCCCACCUCCUCCGCCCCCACCGAUGUUUUAUAAAUCAUCAUCAUUGAGGCCAAGCAGUGAUGAGGUUUCGUAUGAGAAGGAUUUGAGGAGAAGCUUUACUAGUGAAGCAAAGAACUUGAAUAGAAGCAAUGGAGAAUUUAUGAUGGGCAGAGUUAAUUCAGGGGUUGAAACAAAGCAUAGGCUGAGCCAUGUUGAUGGCAUUUCAAUGGGAAAGUCUGUCAGAACAACCAGAGCUGGAGAACAAGGAUAUGUAAAUGGGAAGGUGGAGCAAAGCGCUAAGGAAGUUGAAGCUAAUUUGGUUGAGAAUGUAACAAGAAAAAGGGUGGGGUUCGAUGAAUCUUCAUUCUGGACUGAGCAAUUGAGCCAUGAAAGCAGCAUUCCCAACAACCCCAAGUCAUCAGCUUUUCAGGAAUUUUCCGAGGAAGAUGAGAAGGAAAAUCUUUUCGAUAAGGAGCUUAUGGAAUCGGAUGAAGAAACCGAAAGCGAGGAUGACGACACUGAAGGAGGUUUUUCUCCUAAAGACAUUGGAGAGAGCCCAAAGUCAAGUCCAAGGCCCUAUCAACCUGUUUCUGGGAGUGCAAGUGAUGGAGGGCCUGAUGUGGAUAAGAAGGCAGAUGAGUUCAUAGCUAAAUUCAGGGAGCAGAUUCGGCUUCAGAGAAUAGAUUCGAUCAAGAAAUCGAGUGCUCAGAUUAGUAAAAACUUGUCGAGGUAA